UUAUCUUGGAAAUAUCCACACAUUCAGCACGACAUUUACCAUGUAUUGUUUGUUUGUACUAUUUGGACUAGUUUUAGUUUAUUGUCAUGCUGAUGAAUGCAGUUAUCCGUACCGACGUGUUGGCAAAGGAUGUUAUCUUAUACAAAAAGAUUUUGUAUCCGGUGAUACUGCUUUUGCAAAAUGCCUACGACGAGGUGCAUACUUGGCAAACUUUGAAACUUUGAAUGAAGCUAUGUUGAUGAAAUACGAACUCCUUAGAAUGAAGACAGAUGUGACCUAUUAUGUCGGCGGACGUGACAUCAAUAGAUACAAGACCGGUGGUGAUUGGAGAUGGAUCAAGAAGGACGGAGAAAUGGUCAGGAUGACGUACUUUGCAUUUGAUAAUGGAAAACCAAAUGGAACAUUUAAUGGUGCACAAGAUUGUAUGUUCUUCUUUGCUUCUAGAGGAUAUAGGUUCCAUUCUGUCAGUUGCGACUACAAAGCAGGUUAUAUUUGCGAGAAAUAAAUUAUGAUUUAUUAAAUUUUACAAA